AUGAGGUCUCUGUUUGUCAUUCCCGGCGCACUAGCCCUUGCAACAAGACAAUUCCCAACCAGAAAUUUAGCCUUGAAUGACUCCUUAACCGUCCAAGGCCAUCCAGACCUCGUCGUUCCCCCGGGGUCCAGACAAGCUGUAAUCCAGGGUCUCUGCGACGACAAGGGAUUCGACGAGAACCCUCCUCCCCCUCUGCCCCAAAGAGCAACGGCAGAAGAUCUCAAGUUCCAGCCGGCGCUCGACUUCGACACAGACAGCUGCUAUAACGUGCCUGCCAUCGGCCCCGACGGGCACAUCGACCAAGGCCGAUCCCGCCAUGAAACCAACACGGAGGGUUGCCGGGACGAAUACGACCUGGACCACAGCAACGUCUACUCCCGCCAACGCUGCAACAACGGCUGGUGCGCGUACCUAUACGACUACUUCUUCGAAAAGGACAUUGGCGACCGCAUCUGCAUCGGCCACCAGUACGACUGGGAGCACCUGCAAGUGUGGACGAGAAACGGCGUGCCGCAGUUCGGGUGUGUCUCUGCCCACGGCAAAUACGACGCGCGCCUCUGGAAGGACAUCCCCAAGGAGGGCAACCACAUGAAGGCCGUGUACAACAAGGACGGCGCCAUCGGGACGCACUAUUUCCGCUUCUCAAUGGGUGCCGGCGACGAGCCGCCAGAGAACCACAAGCACGUCUGGUGGAAGUCGGCGCUCAUCUCAUACAACGGCUUCCCGCGCGUCGAACUGCGCGAUAAACUUGUGGCCUAUGACUUUGGCGCUGCGGAUAUUGCCAUCUCGGAUGCCGCUUUCGCAUGGAAUCUAGAGUCGUGCGCGGGCAAGAUGAAGUCUCAGUUUGGAGACUUUGCGUUUGACUAUAAUUUGGACGACGGGUCUCCCGGCACGCCUGUAUAG